GCUGCUUGGACAGACUGGUCCUCAUGUUCAGAAGCUUGUUGAGAAAAAUGUCAUCAGUGUCACAUCAAAGCUCAUUGACAAUGAUGUAGACGCACUGAAGUCGUCUGCACUAAGAUGUAUACACAGUCUAUCUGUCCAUGGAAGUACUCUCCUAUUUGCCAGACAGGUGAUAGCUUCAGGUAAAAUACCCUACUUACUAUCACUAGUGAAAGAGUCCAAUAUAGAAGCAUUCCAGAUAGUCACUCGUCUCUGUGAGCAUCACAACUUCAGAGCCGAAUUCGGGAAUUCAGGGGGAAUAACCAUGUUUUAUGAGGAGUUUUCAUCACAGGAGCCUUUCUGGGAAUAUCUCAGAGAAGAUCUAUUGAGUGUGCUUUGUCUGUGUUGUAAGGAAGCUGUAAAUAGAGUUAAACUCCGAGACGAAAACGUUCUGCGGUUUUUCAUACAGUCCCUAGAAGAUGUUAAGUUCCAAACAUUACAUGCACGAAUUAUCAGUGCCCUAGUUUGUUUUUUGUAUGAUGAGACAAGUUUCGAUGUGCUCCUGGAAAACGGUCUAGUCCCUUUAUUGAUAAACCAUUUAAAAACUUAUAUAAUGCAAGAAAAUGAUGAUGGUGAUGAUGAUAAUGAUAGUCAUAAAAAAGAGAAAGAAGCUGUUAUUGAUAAACCAAAGGACAAAGAAGUAGCCACAGAUCCACAUGAUUCUAAGCAGACCGCUGGAAAAAUAGGAGAGAUUGAAGACAAUGAACCAAAGUUAAACACUGAGCCCAAUAUUAAUAAAGAUAUUGACCCUGCACAAGAAAUAAAACCAGAAAUUGAAGUGGGACAAGAUGUAUGUCAAGACAAUCAAGUGGAAGAUAAGUUGGAGAAUAAAACUGAAGCAGGUUUAGAAGAUACUGAACAACAGGAGACUGAGGUAAUGAAAGAGUCUGAUGAUGGUAAUGAAAAAGAAACCAAUGAAUUUAACACCAAUCAAGGUGCUGGAAAGAUAACAAAAAGACCUGUAUACAGUAUAGACAGUCCAAGUUAUAGGUCCAGUGUGGAAUGGGAACCUCAGGAUUAUCAAGGUGCAAAGUGCAUCGAAAGAUUCACACCUCCUCAUUCAUUUGAGUAUUCCCUGAAGAGCUCCUAUAGUCCACUUAGCAAUUGUUCAUAUUAUUCUCCUGGAGAAAGUUCUCCAGAGUACAGCCCACCAUCUUCUCCAAAUACCAGUCCAAGUCCACAGAGGGCUAGUAGAAAAAUAUUCCCAGAAACCAGUCCAAGCAGUUGUCAUAGUUACACUUCUUUGACUGGUUCACAGUCUCCAGAAAAUUAUCACCCGAAAUACACAGGCAUAAAUUGCAAGCUGUAUAGGACAACUAUAAGUCCUGUAACUAGUCCAGAAUGUUCAAAAAGGUCAAUAUCACCUUUUAACACCAAUUUAUCAAGUCCAGAAAGAGGCUCACAGGAAGAAGAUGUAAAUGAUGCACAUGAUAAUUUAUUUUUGAACAGCUCUGAAGGAAUCUCUGACGAUCCAUUCACUUUGGAGGAAAGUCCUUUAGUGCCGGAACAAACACAAGCUAAAGUCAAACAUUCAGCAGUUGAUUCCAGUCAAGGAUUUGAUUACAAGUUUGACAAGACCGAUAUUGAAAACACUAGUAAUGAUCCAGAUGGGUUAAACAGUCAAUUUAUUGAAAAAGGAAAUGAGAAUUUCAAUAAAAAAUUAUCAACUUUAAAAGAAACGCUUAAUAAGGAGAAAGGGCAUUGCAAAAGGAAACGGGUUCCCAGCAGAAAUAACGUUACGGAAUACAACAUUUUGGUUCUGUUAUCACGGGUAUCGCAAAUGACUGAUCCCACAAUGCAACUGGUUACCAUGGAAGUGUUAGACGGUUUGUUUGGCUAUAUGAGCAUUAUGGAAUUCCCACUCGCUCGAUGUCCGCGUCUGCUAUCAAGAGUGUUCAGAAAUCCUUUAUGCUUUAACAAGCUGUUGAUGCUGAACAUCCCGAUGAAGAUUUUUGACAAGCUUCUGAAGAACGAAGAUUUAAACGCUUUAACAAAAGACUUGCAUAGCAAGAAAAACAUUGUGAAGAGAAAGUCAAGCUAUGGGAAAGCAGAAAUUGAGCAUGAAGUUUCAGCAGACGAAGAUAGGUUUUCAGUUAGUGAUGACUCAGUAGAAGAAGAACAUCUGGGUAAAAGAAGGAAAAUAGCCGAAGGAGUCGAUAAGUCACAGCAGUCUUUUUCAUUUAAAGGACAAUAUCACAAACAAGAGGAAGGUAUAUGUAAUGUCGGGAAAAGUGCGAUGGCAUUCCUCGAAGACCUCAGUGGCAUUGUAGACGUGAACUAUGGCUUGGGUGCUAUAGAUAGACUAUUACAUAUAGUAGCAAGGGACCAACAUGUUCAACUCUGUAUUAAUAUUCUUGCUAUCACAUGGACCCAAGCAUCAAGACAGUACUUCUUCACUCAGAGAGAGAUACUUGAUCAAGUUCUUAGUGUUCUUCAACCUUCUAGUGACUUUGAUGAUCAUCAGUUCUUACAAGCAGUAAAUGCUUUACGACUUCUAGUCAGUGCUAUAAAUACAAAGAAAAAAUAUCAGGUAGUGAAAAAUAGGUAUUCGUUAACAGAAGCUGUUGAACGAUCAGAACUCGUUUGCAGAGCUGGUUCCUAUGCCGUUCCUUCCAGCAAUAGUGAAAAUAAGUGGCGUGAACAGAGGUCAAAGUUACCGUUACAUUUACAAGGUCAUCGUGAUGAAAGUUCAAGGUCAUGUUGUGUUUCUGAUGGUUCUAUUACCAUGGAUACAGUCUUCGUUGUCAAGAACGAGAAAAUCUCGGCAAACAGAGCAAUCUUGGUGGAAAAAUCGGAGAUAUUUGCCGCCAUGUUGGACGGCCACUACUCCGAAGCUCAGCAGUCGGAGAUCAAAAUUCCGGAAACGUCGAAAUUUGCAUUUAAAUUAUUGAUACAUUACCUACAUGGUUGUGAAAAAGGAAAAUGUACGACCAUUGACCUACUUUUUUCAAAACAAGUUGAUAAAAAGUCUGCGAAGCAGUGUAUCGGUGUAUUAGAAGAAGCGAACAAAUAUAUGCUGACCAAACUAUGGGAUUUGGCAUAUGAAUGUCUAUGUUUACGAUACUUAAUUCCCGAGUCAGCAUUUUUGGUGAUGAAGUACGCAGUAUUACAUAGGAAAGAUCAGUUAUUGAAGGCUUCGGUGUCCUGUGUUUUCUCUGACAGUAAAAGUACGGAAGAAAUAAUAGAACAUUUAAGUGAAAUAUUAAGUUCAUGCUAUGCUGAUAUAUUUGUGGCAACUCUUAGAGAUGUAUUGAUAGAAUAGUUUAGAAACUUGUAUAAAAAAGCGCAUACACACAAACAAAACCCCCCAAACUUUCCUCAACUUAUUUCCAUUACUAUAUACAUGAGUAUGUUAAAAACCUCAGUUAAACCUUAUUGCAAAACUUUUUUGUCAGCAAUAAACUGCCAUAUUAAUAAUUUUAUUUCCAGUUCAUAUUUGUACCUUUUGCUCUACCCAAAAUUAUAUACACAAUUAUUUCAUAACAUUUUUGGUAGUUUUUCAAAAAGAGAUGCUCAAGUACUCUGAAAUGUGUUGUUUUUUUCCAGUUAAACAAAUUAUUUAAGUUACACAUUGGUAAAUAUAUUGAUAAUACAGGUAACUCUUUUGUGAGCAGUACUGCAUCAUGACACUAACAGUCGAAGCUCAUUUAUGCCCUUAAAUAAAAUGUGAAAAAAAAAACAAACACAUUUGCCAAGUUCUAGAAAAGAUCUUCAGUUUUAAUAAGAAAGAUUCAUGUGCAUAUUGUGAUGCAGUUGUGAAUAUGAGCCAGUAAUUGUA